AGGGUGCCGGGUGGUGGAGGCGUGAUUGUGGGGGGUGGCGGUAAUUCGGCCACCCCCCAGGGUGCACAGCAGGGUAGUAACCUGGUAUACCGUGUGGUGAGCUCCAGACAUCCUGGUCAUCAUCCGCACGUGAAAAAGUCGGACAGUUCUCAGCAAACGGACAACUCGGCGUUCAAACAUCAGCAACAGCCCGGCUUGAAUAGCUCGACGAACAGCAGCUCAAACAGCCAGCAAUGGAAAAAAUAUAUCGAGGCUGGAGCUGCGAGGGAUCGGGAAAGAGACAAGGAGGCUGCACCUCCGAGUCCUAAUCCCUCCAGGCGAUCUCAGGAGAAACAUCGGAAACAGGCCAUGGCUGAGUAUGCGAACGGCGAAAAACCGCAGAAAGUUUCAUCGGGAACAUCGACGAGCGGCAGCAGCAAAGUUAGAGGUGUACCACAGAGUUUCGGAUAUGUUAAGAGACACAGCGCUGGUACCAGCCCCAGUCCCAACGGAGUUCAAAAUGGUGGCAAAGAUUCGACGAGAACUGCUCAAGUUAGCGCAGUUCCAAGAACGAAGGUCAAAGUGUCCGGUGGUACUCAAACAUGUACUACAGAACUUCAAGCCAACUCUUCCACGUCGAACCAAGGACAUCAUUAUAAGAGUUACAGCCUCACAGGUCCUAGCGCCAGCCAACUUUCUCAAUCAGUGCGAGAUCGUCUUAUGCUCGGAUCGCAAAGUUUACCAAAGCCUGGUAGCCCAGAAUUCACGGCGCUAUUUGCAUCCGCGCAUCAUCGCGAAAGAGGAUCCGGUGCAGGACCAACGGCUACUUCCUUCUCACCGCGGGUACUCAAACCAUCAGAUGGAAGUCUCAGCGAUACGUGCAGCAAUUACGCGGCUCCUGAUCUGCAAGGAUAUUACACUCCCAAUAGUCCGUAUACCACAUCUUGGAUGAGACACAGCAACACGUACACGCCAAGUGGACGUUCUCAAGGAAUGGGAUUGUGCGAAGCUGACAGCGUAGAAUCAUUAGGAUCGCAUCGGGCAAGCUUAACACACGCUCGCUUGUUGAUACAUCAGAGAGACUCGACAGGAUCUCCAGCUCCACCGAGACUUAAUAGAAGCAAUUCUAUUAGCCAUCUGCGGGACAGGACAUUCCCAAGGUAGUGCGAAAAUCUAGAAUACACAUUCGUCGAGCCUGUUUUCCAUGCAUAAGUAUUGAAAGAACAAAACCUUCGAGGGUUUUGUACCCUACACGUAUACACGAGUGCCAAUUAUACGCACUAAAAACACACAUGUCCAUGUGCACUUAAUUCUGUCGAGUUUUACAUUUGUAUUAUUGAUUUUAAAUACUUUAGUUAUUAUUUUGUUAAGUCGGUUCUAUUUUUCUUUGUAUUUCGUAUUUGUGAUUGAUAUGUGCUUCUUAUCCAAACGCAUGUCAUUCCUCGACUAGUGUGGUGCGGAUUAAAACGCUAAACAGACAUAACGUACCUCCUUCUCUCAAUUUUUCGUUUUUCCUGUCAGAGUAUGCGCACUUCUCGUUAAGUGCCAAUUAA